GUCAUGAGCUCGGAAGCGACGGCGUCAACCUUGUUAAUAGAUACCACAGACACUUCCAGCAUUGUGAACGAACCCAGCACGCCGGAUAUGCAGGGCCAAACGACGCAGAACAAGGACGUGGCGGCGGUGGCAGCGCGACAGGAAGUACCUAAUACUACCUCUGAGCAACAGAUUGCCGCUGCUGGUAUCGUCACUGCAGCUGGCUCUGUCACGCCACCAAGUGCCACUCCUGCAGCCAGUGCGUUGAAGCGGAAAGAUCAUCCUUCUCCAUCAUCCCCACGUUCCGCCAACUCGGUGACGUUUGCAGAUCUGAAGGCCGCGCAACGGCGAAGCAUGAAAGCUCUUCGUGAGAUUGCGCUGACGGAAAUCAACUCGCUGGAGCCUCAGAUGCCCGAGGCAAGUCGCCGCGAAAUCGCCGCCGUCUUGCAGGCCCAUGUGAACGAGAUGAGUUCGUCUACGUUCACGCACCUCGCGCGCGUGUACUUUCCCACCGAACUCCAGUCGACGAAAAAGACAGAGAGUCCCGUCGAUCCCGCCGCGUUAGCUCGGAUAAAGGACCUGGAAGCGCAGAUCCAUGCCACGGAACAACGCAUCCAUGCGCAUCAGUCGCGCCUUCCGACCACCAUCCGGGACAUCCUGCACGCCAACUUUGCUGCCCAGGCCAAAGCCCUCGAGGUGGCGCUCUCCAGCCCGUCCAAAGUGCCAGUGGCGGACAGCGAUGGUACCUCCAUCAAGUACUCGGAAGAAGACAUUGCCGCUGUCAAAGCGACGUUUGCGCGGAUUUCAGCCAAAAUCGACCAACUGAAUACCAAGUUACCCAUGACGAUGCAACAAGCUACGGACACCAUCCAUGUGGUGGAACAUGCGAUGAAGCGACCCAAGUCACGCUUUGAUGCGUUGAUGGAGCAGGAUAACGUCACGGCACCAUCGGCGCCCCCAUCAUCGACGCCGCCACCGACUCUCCGUGCGAAAUUGGCCCAGUCGCUUUAACUUAACUUGGCCAGGCGUUGCUUUUGUCGGUCUCGAAACACGUCGUGGGUCGGUCGCUUGGUCACGACCGGUGCUGUUGUCGAGCGAUAUUAGAAAUAUAUAUAUAUAUAAAUAUAUUUCAAAAUAGGUCAGUCCAACUUACCGUUG